GGUGGUUUCUCUGAAGAAUACAAUGGUAGAGUAAUGCCUGAAAACUAUGGCAACUUUUUUGAUAACUAGUUGCAUGGAUGACUUGGUUCUGAGUUGGGUUUAAUUUUAAACUACACGUUAGCAGGCAUGGCAAUUAUACAUACUGUAUAUCAUAGAUAACCGUUAUAUUCGGUUACUUGUAAUUUACUAGUGUGCUCACAGAAAGUCUCAAAGAUUUUAGCCAGGGUUCCAACGCCUGAAACGUCACUGUAGAUGGCAAUAGUGAAAGAUAUCGCUUUCGAAGCCCUCAUUCGUUGCCUUAUGGACUUUUAAACUUAAAAAAACAAGACCGAAACUCAUUUAAUAUAUUCUAUAGUUUUUUAAUACACUGAGAAGGAUUUGCCCUCAGCAUGUCUUUUGUUCACGCGCGCUAAACCACAACGGAGCCAAUGAGCUUCGAGGAAAGACUUGAUGUCACUUUGUUGUGAAAGUCAAUAGAGGAGCAGAAGUUCAAGCUAGUAUCUUUUUGUAUUGCCCAGGUUGUUGUAGAGAUAAGGCGGACUCAAUUGCCAGCAGUAGCACAGAGAUCUGGGGUUGAAUUACAUCCCAGCUAUGCACGCAGUGACACUAAGAGACCUGAUGUGGAUAUGGAUGCUGUUUCUGUGCUGUGCAUCAUGUAACUGUGGACCAGAUCCCAGGAAGCGAGAGGCUCUGAUAAGGCUGGAGGCAUCUAGACGGACAGGAGGCAACAUGACACUGAACGAGAGAGAGAACCUGCUUGACAGAAAGCUUCAAAAACUGAAACAGCAUGAUAUGGAAGCAAGACAGUUUCCACCGUCCAUGCAUUUCUUCAAGGCAAAGCACCUCAUCGAUCAAAGUCCUGUCUUUAGCUUGCUUCAGAAGAUGCCUAAAGGUGCGGCCCUGCAUGUUCAUGACUUUGCUAUGGUAGGUGUGGAUUGGCUGGUGAGGAACGUGUCCUACAGAGAGAACUGCUACGUGUGUUUCACAGAUGAGCAGACCGUUCGGUUCAUCUUCUCCUCUGGACAGCCUGCGUCUCGUCCACACUGCUCCUCAUGGUCUUUGCUCAGAUCCCUCAGGGGGAAGAUUAAAAACAGCACUGAUUUGGACAACAGUUUCAUUCGAAAUCUCACACUCUUCACCGAGGACCCAGACAGAGCCUAUCCUAGCCAAGAUACUGUGUGGAAGAGAUUUAAGCAGGCUUUCUUAGUGGCCUAUGGGCUGGUCACGUAUGCACCCGUCUUCAAAGACUACCUCUAUGAAGGUCUCAGACAGUUUUAUGAGGACAACAUCAUGUAUGUGGAAAUCAGGGCUCUGCUGCCAGUGACAUAUGAACUUGAUGGCAGAAAAAAUAAUAAGGACUGGAGUAUGAGGGCCUGUCAGGACGUUGUGAGAAGAUUUACUGCAAGCUACCCAGACUUCUUAGGGACUCGGGUGAUUUUUACAGUCCACAGGAGUAUAAAUGCAGCUGAGGCGGUGAAGACCGUAGAGGAAGCAAUGACGCUACACAGGAACUUUCCAGAUAUCAUGGCAGGCUUUGACUUUGUAGGACAAGAAGACCUUGGAAGACCUCUGUGGUACUUCAAGGACGCUUUGAGUCUCCCUGAAGACAGGGGUGUUAACCUGCCCUACUUUUUCCACGCAGGAGAGACAGAUUCCCAGGGAACAGAUGUGGAUCAGAACCUCAUGGAUGCUCUUCUGUUCAACACCACACGUAUAGGUCACGGCUUCGCUUUGGCACGUCAUCCUGUAGUUAAAGAGAUGUCUAGAAAGAUGGAUGUACCGCUUGAAGUCUGUCCAAUCUCAAAUCAGGUGUUGAAACUGGUGUCAGACUUGCGGGACCACCCAGCGGCGGUGCUGAUGGCCGAGGGUCAUCCUGUAGUGAUCAGCUCGGAUGAUCCAGCUCUGUUUGGGGCUACUGCCCUUUCACACGAUUUCUACGAAGCCUUCAUGGGCUUUGGAGGAAUGAGCUUUAAUUUAGGCACAUUGAAAGAGCUGGUCAUAAACUCCCUCAGGUACAGCUCAUUGCCAAGUCAAACUAAGAAAAAGGCUAUUGAGGUAUUGCUGGGAAAAUGGGACAAGUUUGUCUCUGAAAGUUUACUGUAGACUACUUCAAACUACUUUUAAACAUGCUCUAAGGGCAAGAAGUUUUCCUCUUAUGUUUGUCAUAUUGGUGAACAUAGAUUAGCUGUUACUUGAUGUGAGAAACUGGAUGUGUUAUGUUGAUCUUGCCUGUGCUGUCACCUGGUGGAGAAUUUGUGUACUGAUUAUCUUGACUUCCACUGAAACAAUAUGGAGGACAACCUUCAGGCUUAUGACAGAGGUUUUGUGUGAAAUUUUGUGAAUACUAAUCAAGAUAUUAGAUUUUUAUGACAGCAAAGUCACACAACAUACAGGCGUUUACAAGGUAGACCACUUCAGGACACCUGAUAAAUCAGAAAAACUGUGAUGUACAAUGUCAUUUAAUUGUUUUAUUUGAAAAUGUAGUUCUUAAAGGAACAGUUUACCUAAAAAAAAAAAAAAGUUGCUGAUAUUUUACUCACCCUCAGGCCAUUCGGGAUGUAGAUGAGUUUGUUUCUUCAUCUUCUUCACCAAUGGAUCCUCUCUGCAGUGAAUGGGUGCCGUCAGUAUGAGGGUCGAGACAGCUGAUGAAAACAUCCCAAUAAUCUACACGACUCCAGUGAAGCAAAAAGUUGAAUGUUUGUAAUAAACAAAAACAAAAAUAUACAAUGUUUUUAACUGUCUCUUGCAGUUAAAAUAGUGUUUUUCAUCUAUAAUAUUGCUUAAUAUUUUGAUGUAAGGAGACAAAAGGGGGAUAAACCGGUGUUAUCAUGGAUUAUAUAUUUAAUACUUCACAAGACAUUAACCGAUGGACUGGACUUGAGUUGUGGAUUAUGGGGGAUGUUUUUAUCAGCUGUUUGGACUCCCAUUCUGACAGCACCCAUUCACUGCAGUGGAUCCACUGAUGCGCAAGUGAUUUACCGUAUUUUCCGCACUAUAAGGCGCACUUAAAGCCUUUAAUUUUCUCAAAAAACGACGGUGCGUUUUAUAAUCCGGAGCGCCUUAUAUAUAUGGAUCAAGGCGCUCUGUCAAAAUGUUGACAUUCCCUUUAGCACAGCUCCAUCUAGUGGAUGCUUAACGCAAACCCAGUCCAACGUUUGACUGAAGUAUCUUCUAUUCUAUGCGCUUUAUAAUCCGGGGCGCCCUAUAUAUGAAAACAGAUCUAAAAUAGACUAUUCAUUGAAGGUGCGCCUUAUAAUCUGGUGCGCUUUAUAGUGCGGGAAAUACGGUGAUGCUAAACCAAGCCUGUUCCAAUGAAGAAGCAAACUCAUUUUAAUUUUUCAUUGUUUUUUUUCACAUUUUCGUAUUUGGGUGUCCUAUUCCUUUGAAGUUUUUAAAAGUACAUUUUUACUUUAACAACGUUUUUUGGGCUGACUUAAGUUACCCGAGUUGAAUAUGCAACUUAUUUUUUUUUACAACAUAAAUGUGUUUGACAUUCUCCAUCUUUACUGACCUAUUAAAAAUUGCACAGCUUUCCAAAACACUUCAA